GCUGCGACUCGAAAGGCGAAGCGCUCUCCUCGUUCCCCAGUCCCACCCCCAGUUAAACCCACAGCCCUCACCGCGCCGCGCAGCCUCCUCCUCCAAACGCACCCACAGGUGGGUCGCAGAGAAAGGGGAGGAUCGCGGCGGAAGCGCCGGCUGCGCAGGAGGCGGCGGCGCCGCCUGGGUUCGGUGAGAUCCUCGGGGUGCAGCCACCGUCUGCGGGCGCCAGGCGGGCGAGCGGCCCCCACCGGCUUCUUCCCUUCCUGGCGCCGCCGAGUCGCAGCAGGUGGCCGUGCCACGGGACCGCGAACCAGGCCGAGCCCAACGCGCCCGGAUCUGGCGCUGUGUGACUUCUGGCUCUUUCCCAGAGUGACCAUGAGAGGGAAACAUUUUGAAUCCACUGAGGACGCUGAGGCAGCCACACGGCACAAGUGAAGACACACACGAGAGCGUGAACUGCUCCAGAACUGCGUUAGAAAGUGAUGCCUGAGAGUGAGAUCCGGGUUAGAAAAUUAGCAGUGGAAAAGGCUUGUCCAAGGAUAAUCAUUCCAGGUGUCUGAAUCGAGAGGCCCUACCAGUUCCCGUAUGGGCACCGCUUUUUACUCCUUUCCUGUUUGUGUUCCAGAAGAGAAUGGAGGGGCUGCAGAAGUGCACGUACGGAGCCAUGGCUGCCGGUGGACUGGAAGAUAACAAGUUUGCAGUACAUUCCCCAUUGAGGAUCAUCCUGGUGGGCAAGACAGGCAGCGGGAAGAGUGCCACGGGCAACAGCAUCCUCUGCCGCCCAGCCUUUGAGUCCAGGCUGGGGGCCCAGUCGGUGACCAGCAAGUGCCAGGAGGAGACGGGCACGUGGGCGGGGAGGACCGUCCUGGUGGUCGAUACGCCCCCCAUCUUUGAGGCAAGGGCCUGGACUCAAGAGACAUACAGGGACAUCGGAGACUGCUACUUGCAGUCGGCCCCAGGGCCCCACGUGCUGCUCCUGGUGACCCAGCUGGGGCGCUUCACUGCCCAGGACACAAUGGCAGUGAGGAGGGUGAAGGAGGUCUUCGGGGCGGAAACCGUGAGGCACAUGGUCAUCUUGUUCACCCACAAGGAAGACUUGGGGAGCGAGUCCCUGGAUGAGUAUGUGGCGAACACGGACAACCACGGCCUGCAGGUCCUGGUGCGGGAGUGCGGGAAGAGGUAUUGUGCCUUCAACAACCGGGCAGCCGGCCAGGAGCAGCGUGACCAGCUGGCGGAGCUCAGGGCUGUGCUGGACAGGCUGGAGCGUGAGCUGGAAGGCUCCUUCCUCAGCAAUGACCUCUUCCUUCAGGCCCACGUGCUGCGCCAGGGCCACAAUGCUGCCCGCCGGGAAGGUCACCGGCGCUACCUGGCCCAGGUGAGGCAGCAAGUGGAGAAGCAGAGGCGAGAGCUGAAAGAGGUGGAGAGCAAUGGCUUGUGCAGGGCGCUCCUCAGAGCCCAAAACUGGAUAGGAUCUCAUGUUGUAGCAUCUGCCUGUCUUAUUAUAUGUGGUUUGGUUUUUCUUGCACUUUUAAUUAACUUUAGUAUUCUUCAGGGGAAAUGAGCAUUUUCUGGUGGUUUCUACAAUCCGAUGUUUCUUCUAGGUUCUCUAUCUUGCUCUGUGUGUGUGUGGUGCUUUACAUUUUAGGCAGUUUCGCUCUAAGUUUUGCUUUCUUACAUGAGACGUGUUAUUUAUUUUCUUGAAAGUGCUUUUAGGUAAAUAACUCAAAGGAAAAUUGUUCUGUUCUUGUUUAGUUAAAAAUUAUGAUAAAGAGAAUGUGAUAUCUGUACACAAUGGGGUACUCUUGUGCUCUAAAGAGGGACGGACUUGAGUCACUUGCUGAAAAUGGAUGGACCUUACGACCAUAAUGUUACAUGAAGCAAAUGAGACACACAAGCCUAAACAUCCCCUGGUUUCUCUUAUGUGAGAAAUCCAAAGUGUAAAUAAAUCAAAAAGCAAACUAAGAGAUAGAUACAUUGGUA